UCAAGAGACAGCAAUAUCUUAACUCACUCACCUCUCUAUCUCCUUUCAGACUACUAUAUGGCUUCCUGGUCUGCUGAAAACGCCACCAAAGCCUACCUUUCUGCUUUCAAAAUGAGUGAAAGAAGUAAAGAACCAGACGUGACAGAGUUCAUAUCAGCAAUAGCAGCAGGAAGCAACGCGCAACAAAUGGUGGUGACGUCAGCAUCAGUCCCCGACUGCACCAUCCUACUAGCCAUGGUGGCCGCGGCUCACCAAACUCAAGGCCGAGUCAUCUGCAUAGCCAGCAGCCCCAACCAAGUUAAUCCCACCAAAACUCUUCUGGGCACCGACAUCGCAGGCCAAGUAGAGUUCCUCGUAGGAGAACCUCAAGAACUGCUAACAUCAUCAGAGCCAUGUAAGGACGCGGACUUCAUAGUCGUCGACUGUGAGCUCGAGAACCACGAAGAGAUCUUCAAGGCAGUGUGUGUGAGGAAGAAGAAGAAAGAGGAAAACGGGACAGUGGUGGUGGGGUACAAUGCGAUGAAAUGCGAGCAGGGAGGGUCAUCUUGUUGGGGGUAUUGUGGGACAAGAACUCAGUUACUGCCGAUAGGAAAAGGAUUGCUGGUGACAAGGUUUGGAGAUUUUGGAGGGACUAAUGUUAGUGAGAGUCCUAGAUACAGUGCGAGUGGAUUGGGAAAAUUUAAGAGUCGUUGGAUUGUCAAGGUUGAUAAUUGUACUGGGGAAGAACAUGUUUUCAGGGUCAGAUUGCCACAUGAUAAGGUUGUUCCCGCCACAUGAU